AUGCGCAACACCCUGCCUCUGCUGUCUCGGCCCCCCGCCCCCACCAACUCGUCCUUCUCUCGUGCCCCGGCCCCGCUCCCCACCUCCGACACCCCCGCCCACCACGUCCCGACCAUCCGCCUGAUCUCCGCCACCCCGUCCGCGGCCGGCUCCGCUGGCGACGCAACGCCCCGCAAGCGCCUCGUCCCGAAGCGGUCGAAGCUCGGGCUCCUUGGGGGCUCGAGCCGCGCCAAGGACCGCACGGGCAAGGACCUGUCUGACGUCGUGCGCCGCGUCGGCGGCGCGCCGUCCACGGGCGGCAGCGGGUUCGAGAUCUACGUCGACCAGGGCGAGGACCCGGAGAUGGGCGAGAUCGUGGUCGUGAAAAAGAAGAAGUCGCGGCUCGGCCUGGACGGGAUGCGGUGGGGCGCGCUGGGCGAGGUGACGAACGUCCCGUCUGCGAAGGAGCAACGGACGAAGGAGAGCACGAAGGAGAAGGAGAACGCAAAGGGGCAGAACGAGAACCUGCUGAAGGUCAAGGGCGACGAGAACCAGAAGUGGUGGAGCAUCGGCCGCGGCCGGAAGGACUCCAAAGGCAAGGAGAAGGAGAAGGAGAAGGAGGAGAAGGCGCCUGCGCGCUCGAAGACCCCCGAGCCUGCGCGACCUCUGGAAGGCCGCGCGCGGUUCAACUCGCUCGACUCCGGUAUCCUCCUCAACAGUCCCGCAUCGCGGCCAGAGAAGAAGGCGAAGGAGCAGACCGGCUCCGUCAAGUCCCUGCUCGAGGUCCCGCUCGUCACCACUACGCCCGUUGUGGGCCUCCUGAGUGCCAAUGCAGGCGGCGACGCCCCACUCACUGGCUCCAUCGCGGUGCGCGCGAUCCGUUCGAUGCGGUCGCUGGCGCGCAUGGCCAGCUGGGCGCAGCUCUCGAACGACAAGGAAGGCAACGCGGCCCCCGAGCCGACGCAGACGACGAAGCCCAAGAGCAAGGACACGAAGGAGAAGAAGGAGAAGGCCGCCAAGAAGGAGGGCGAGCCGACGAAGAAGAAGAAAAAGGAGAAGACGAAGGAGAAGGAAAGUGCGAAGGAGAAGGAGAAGACGAUCUCGCGGUACUCCGGCAGCAGCUUCGAGGCGGGCGCUCUCUCUUCGCAACCCUCGCCCGCCCCACAUGCGACGACGGUCGAAGGCGCGCGCACGCUCACCACGCGCCGUAAACAGAGCAUCCUCGGCCUCGGCCUGCCCUCGACGAUGCGGCUCUCCACUGUACGCGACGCGUCGGGCUCUUCCGCAGGCUCCGUCAACGCGGCUAUUGGCGUGGCGCAGGCCCCACAACGGCUCUCGGUCGACUCGGCUCACCUGAUCAUGAACGCGCAAGGCCGGCCAUCGUCCAUCCUCUCGAGUGGGUCGUCCCUCCGCCCCCCUUCGACGGUAUCCGGCAUCUCUGUCGAGACCGCUCGCUCAGGGCGGUCGUCGACGAGCAGUGCUGCAUCGGUGCGCUGGGACGAGGCCGGCAUCCGUACGGUCAAGGAGAUGCAGAGGCAAGAACGGCGCACGCGUCGCGAGCAAGAGGCUGCCGCAGCCACCGCGGAAGGAGGCAAGACGAAGCGCGACAGCCGUCGGUCCUCUGACUCGCGUCGGCGCACGCCUAUCUCUGCGAUCUUCCCCGACGCACAGUACGCGGCGGGCCAGCGCGACUCCACCGGUUCGCUGUCGCCGCCUGCGUCGAUUGCAGAGAACCCGCUCGUGCGCGUGGAAGAAGCGACGGCUGACGGACACUCGGCCGCGACCGACGACGAGAGGAGCACCAAGAGCGAGACGCCAAUCAAGCGCUCGCGCUCGCGCCCUAUGUCUGAGCAGAUGCUCGGUAGGCCCAGGCCUCAGGCGGUGUACGACGACGACGACGGCGAUGCCCUCAUGGAUAUCCUGGAUGCGGCCACCAAUGACCUGGCUUCCCUCAUCAACCGGCUGGACCUCGAGGCGACGCCCGCCAGCACGGCGGGGACGCCACUUGCGCUCUCUCCGUUCCGCGUUCCACAGGACAGCCCGCUCAAGGGCCGCGCGGCGGCGAUGCGGAGCCCGCUCAAGAACGAGCUGCGCGAGAGCCAGGCGUCAAUCGCCUCGCUCCGUCCCUACGCCAAAUCGCAGUCGCCCACGGCGUUGACAAAGAAGCGCUCGCAGACGAUCUCCGCCGCCCAGGGCGCGCACCUCAUCGGGCAACAGAUCGUGCCGGUCUCGCAGCUCAACUGGAGUGUCUCCCCGCGGAAGCCCACAAUCAGGCCGAAGGCGCAAACCCACAAGCGCACACCGUCCGCCAUCGACGCGGAGCCCAUCCAGGUGUUCCACCCCCUGCGCCCUGCAACGACCAGGUCGAAGGCGCCCGUGUUCUCGGAGCCUGCUUCGCGCAGUGCGACCCCCAUCGCCGUCGAGCCUGUCGCCGCGCCGUCUUCCCGCACGUUCGGUACGCGCCCGUCUAAGGUCGGCUUACGCACCCCCAAGAGCUCCGAGGACAGUCCCAUGCACCCGUCGCCAACACCCGUGUUCAGCCGCGCCCACGGCGCUGGGCAUGUCCGCCGUGGCUCCUCCCUCGUCCCGAUGAACAGCAAGGGAAGCGUAGGCAGCCUUCGCCGAAUGGGCGUCCAACUGACGUCGGAGACGCGCAAGGUCCUUGGGAUGGGCGGUACGCUUGGUGGAUCUACCGAGCCCUCUGUCGACCCCGAGGAUCCGGACUCAGAUAUCCCCGACGAGCUGCAAGUGAUUUUGUCCGGCCAGUCGGAUGAAGAGGGUGCGACUCGUCCACUUACUCCCUUCGACGACACGCUCUCGUUCCGCCCGCCACCCUCGCCUGGAUCUCCGCCGAAGUCCGCGCUCCCAACACCGGACGUCUCCGUCUACGCCUCAAACGAGGAGGCGCGCAUCCCCGUGUUCCAGUUGUUCGAUCCUCAGGCCAAGCGAGCCGAGCUCGACGACGGCGAGCGUAGCCCCACCUCCGCCUCGGAGGACGACACGAAGAAGUCUUUCGACUUCACGGGCGAACUGCGCAAGCUCAACGAGUCGGGCGGCUCCGACCGCGCAAGCUUCGUCGAGCAGGUCGAGGAAGCGUUCAAGACCCCCGGGCGUAUCCAACUCGGCUUCGACUUCGACAUCCAUGAGCAGAACCAGAUGCUGGUGCCCCCGGUGCCUGCACUCCCCGUGAACCUGCGCGCGCGGCCUACGGAGGCUGUUCCCCAGAGCUUCUCCGCUCUCGAGGACACGUCGAUGUGCGGCUCGGACGAGACUGGCGAGCAUGAGCGCAGCCCUGGAGCGUCGCAAGAUUCACAUGAGGAACCCGAUAUUAGCUUCAUGAUGCGCGAGCUCGAGGACGAGUGCCGCGUUUACUCGCACCGCCGAGGCCGCAACUCGUCGAUGCAGUCGAAGCCGUCCGAUGGGCGCCUCAACACGGAGUUCAAGUUCGGCGGCAAACCGUCUCCGGACAAGACUACUGACUCGGACAUCGCGAACCCCAUGCUCACGCUUUCGGACAUCAUCCCGCCUCUCUCCCACUCGCGUUCGCCUUCUCACCACUCCAACUCAAUGGUCGAGGAGGACAGCUCGGUGCUCAAGUCGAUCAUGGCCCAGGCGACCGACGUCCUUCCGGAAGAGGCAUCCCAGAUUCAGGAGAACAAGACCAACCAUCGUCCUCAGAUGUCCGUGCACUUCGACGACAGCGCAGCAACGCAAGGUCACUCGCACAGGGAGUCGGUUGUCAGCUUCACCGGCUUCGACUCCUUCGACGAGGUCCGCCGCGGCUUCGAGUUUCAUGAUCAGCGCCCUGGCUUCUACCCGCCCGCCAACGCGACGUACCGUCCCACCAAGCAUUCCCGCGACAUGUCUCUCUUCAGCAUCGCCUCAGUCUCGUCCUACGGCGCGGUCGUCCGCGACGGCGUUCAAGACCCCUUCGGCUUCGACCGCGAUGAGCCUAGCAGGCCGCCCUCGAUGGACGACAUUUCGAUAUCAAUGUCGACUGUCGACGACACGUUCUCGUUCAUCCACCGCAACAAGCCCCGCCGCCGUGUGGACAGCGAUGCUUCCAGCUUCUACUUCCCGCAGCACACCAUGCACCCGUACCGCCGUGCUGCCGGCGCGGGCCACCGGCGCGGGCCGUCCGCGAUGUCCAUCGCAUCCAACAUGGGGCCGCCGAUCAGCCUGUACAACCGCAGCUUCGGCGCGCACGCCCACCGGCGCAACGACUCGAGCCUGGUCAACCAUAGCAGCCACCGGCGGGAGGACUCGAACACGAGCGCGAGCUCCGUCGCGCUCUCGUACGCGAUGCACGGCGCGGGCAGCAACCACGGCCACGGCAACAGCUCGCGCAACCCCUGGGACUCGCACACGCGCGAUUUCAGCGUCGACUCGAUGUUCAGCGACUACUCGGAGCGGCCUGCGGCCCGGCCCGGCCUCGGCGACAAGAUGUUCGACACCGUGCACGGCGCGCCGCUCAGUGCGAUCUCGGCGUCCCCAGAAAGCACGUACAGCGCGCCGGAGGAGGUCAACCGGAUGUCGUGGGAUUCGAUCAUGGAUCCCUCCCGGUACCAGUCGCGCUCGGCGGUGGACGACUCGCUCUUUGACAAGACCAACAAGCGCAGCUCGUUCGCGGAGUCCAUAUUCGGUGCGGACCCGUCCUUCAUGCAGUACACCGGUCGGUACAUCGGCGGCCAGCGCUUCAGGCCCCUGUCGAUCAUGAGCGAGGCUAGCCAACACAGCCCGGUCAAGGAGGACGACACGAUGAUCACGGCGAGUCCCGCUAUGCUUGGUGGUGGCCAUGUGCGGCGACGCUCUGUCGCCUCCGUGGUUGAUGCUUCGCCUUGCGUUCGCGUAGAGAAGAGGCACGCUGGGCUCCCCGGUCGCGCCCUGCAGUUCGACAUGAUCCAGCCUCCAGUGCGCGAGUCGCCCAAGUCCGCGUCGCGCCUCGUCGCGCAGCCUUCGAUCGCCUCGACGUCGUCGUUCCAGUUCGGCGACGAGCGCAUGAUCAAGGCGCGCCAGGGUCUUCUCUCCCGCCAGAGCUUGGAGGAAAGUGCGCUGAUGGCGCAAGGUGAAGACCUGCUGGCGUCGCUCCGCGAGAACUCGAUCUUCAACCGGCCCUCGCCUGCCGGCCGCUCGCGCUCCAGCACUUGCAGCACCAUCUCCGCCUCUUCGGGUUCGGGAGUCGACACGCCUCCCUUGUCGAACUCGGAUGGCUCUUCGGUCUCCGGUGACUCUCAGUCCAGCAUCGACAUUGGUCAUCUCAACUCGCUGCUCGCCAAUACGUCCAACCCGAGCAGCGGCAUCUCGCGUGCGCGUCGCGCGCGUGCUCGCGGAGCUGGCCACCGUCGUCGGAUCGACGAGGCGCGCAUGUCUCGCUCUUCUGUGUAUGAAACCAUCCAGGAGGAAGUCUCCGUGGGCUCCAGCUCGCCUUCGGCGUCCGUGUCUCAGCCCACGCCGCUGCACGUUUCGCCCGCCAUCGCCAACUCGAUGGCGAACUCAUCGGUAUACGUCGUCGAAAGCGACGGUGAUUCGAUCUAUAGCGAGACCUGGGACGACGAGACGGGCAUCACGACGCUCCGCCAGUAUUACGCGCUCCGCAGCGAGGCUCAGGUGACGGUCGACGAGAGUAAGAUGGUGUGGCCCGACACGCCCUUCUCGCUGUUCGCGCUGCAAUCGUUCGACCCUCCUCGGGAGCCCGGUGCAAUGCAGACUCUGCUAGAGCACUCGCAGAAGAACUACGGCCCGCUUCCAUCGGAUCUGCGCCCUCAUCGUGUGCGCUCAAGGACAUCAUCGAGACCGUCUCCGUACCCUCAGCUCAGGAGCAUGCGCUCAAAUACAUCACCCGAGAAGGUCGUCUACCGCUCGUCGCCGAUCCAGGUCUUCUCAGACGUACCCCCAGUGCCAAAGAUCAAGUCUACCAGCGUCACGUCGCCAGCCGUCCUCCGGGAGCAGCGCUCUGUCAACGUCGUGCCCACACCUCCGCCUGUUCUGGGCGAGAUAAAGCCUUUCACGCCUUUCGCCGUGGACAUCAACCCGUCCAAGGUCGGCAAGAACCCCAUGGGUCUCCCUGCGCGUCCUCGCGUCACAUCCAGUACGCGCCGGGCAGCUCUUGGGUGGUCCAAGCGCAGCACCGGGAAGUCGAGUACGCAGGACGGCAAAGAGAACGCGUCCUUCGCCGUGCCCACCCCCUCCGGGAGUCUGCGCAUCAACCGCCCGCGCCCCCGUGGUCGUCCUACCCCCGCGCGUGUCCCGCGAGUCCCGGUUCCGGCGGCGUGA